ACGCAAUCACACUGCGCGCACUGAACCACCGCCGCUGCUGGGUUUGGAAGUUUCUGGAAAGUUCGCCGAAAAGAGAUAUAUAAAUGGGUCGCGCGUACUAAAAUAGUGUGCGCGCUCUGGAUUGCCAACAUUGACUGGACUGACAAGCACAGGCGGGUUUGUUUGUUUGUUUAUCUGAUCCUAACACACCGCUCGCGUAGGCUACUGAGGAGCAUCCGGGAUGGCUGUCGUGGGCUUUGAUGUGGGAUUUCAAAAUUGCUGUAUUGCUGUGGUCAAAAGCGGGGGCAUCGAGACCGUAUCCAAUGAAUUUUCAGACAGAUGCACGCCAGCUGUUGUAUCAUUUAGUUCAAAGAACAGGACCAUUGGUAAUGCUGCAAGAAACCAGAUGAUAACCAAUCCUGCAAGCACUGUCUCUCAUUUUAAGAGACUACAUGGCAGAUUGUUUCAGGAUCAUGCUGUGCAAUCAGAGAAGGCUAGUUUACCAUAUGAACUGGUACCACUAAAUGAUGGGAAGGUUGGAAUCAAGGUCAUGUACCUUGACCAGGAGCACCAUUUCAGCAUCGAGCAGAUCACAGCUAUGUUACUGACCAAAUUGAAAGACAUUGCAGAGGCAAAUCUGCAGAAGAAAGUGGUGGAGUGUGUCAUCUCUAUCCCCUCAUUCUUCACUGAUUCAGAAAGGAGAUCUGUUCUGGAUGCUGCCAAGAUCGCUGGCUUGAACUGUCUGAAGCUAAUGAAUGACAACACCGCAGUGGCCUUAAACUAUGGCAUAUACAAGGAAGGUCUUCCAGGCUGUGAUGAGAAUCCAAAGAUUGUGGUGUUUGUGGACAUGGGCCACUCAGCCCUCCAGGUCUCUGUUUGUGCAUUCAACAAAGGCAAACUUAAGGUGCUGUCUACCACCUUUGAUCCUUAUUUGGGAGGGAAAGACUUUGAUCAGAGGCUGGUGGAAUAUUUCUGUGCUGAAUUUAAGUCUAAGUACAAGAUGGAUGUAAAGUCCAAGGCUCGAGCUUUGUUGCGACUGACACAAGAGUGUGAGAAACUCAAGAAACUGAUGAGCAGCAACUCUACGGACAUUUCCCUCAACAUUGAGUGCUUUAUGGAUGAUAAAGACGUAUGUGGGAAAAUGAACAGGGCAAAAUUUGAGGAGUUGUGUGCUGACAUGAUCGAGAGAAUCGUGGUUCCAUUGAUGGCAGCUCUAGAGCAGGCUCAAGUGCGGCUUCAGGACAUCAGUUCUGUGGAAAUUGUAGGGGGAGCCACACGAAUCCCAGCUGUAAAGGCUCAGAUCAGUAAGUUCUUCAAGAGGGAUGCGAGCACUACAUUAAAUGCAGAUGAAGCAGUGGCCAGAGGCUGUGCAUUACAGUGCGCCAUACUCUCUCCUGCAUUCAGAGUGCGAGACUUCUCCAUCACAGAUGUAAUCCCAUUCCCGGUUUCUCUUUCCUGGACCAGUGAAGCAGAUGAAGGCAAAUCUUGUCAUGAGAUAUUUGGCAGGAAUCAUCCUUGUCCAUCAGCCAAAAUGAUUACAUUUUACAGGAACAAGCCUUUCAUUCUGGAAUCUUUUUAUUCGGAUCUGACAUCACUGCCCUUUCCUGAGGCAAAGAUUGGUGAAUAUAAAGUGCAGAACAUUCGACCUCAGGAGAAUGGAGAAAAGGCAAAGGUGAAAGUCAAAGUUGCAGUAAACAGCAGUGGUAUAGUCAGUGUGAGCUCAGCUACUAUGGUCCUGAGGGUCAGCUCAGACAAAUCUGAAACCACAGAAAUAAAUGAGAUUUACAGUCAUGGCGGCUCUGAUGAUAUUGAAAUAGAGGACAAGAUACUGGAGCCUAAUAUUCAGCUCUUGGUAGACAAAGAAAACCUGCCAACACCACAGUGUCCCCCCAUGGAAAAAGAGCAGAAUCAAAGAGAUGCACUGAGCAUGAAUGGAGAAGUAAACAACCACCCCCCUGAUGCUAAAAAAGCCAAGAUGAAAGUCAAGCAUGUUGUUCUGCCAAUUGAGGAGACAUUUAACCAACUGUUGCCAAAUGAUCGCCUCAGCACUUACAUAGAGCAGGAGAGCAAAAUGAUACAGCAAGACUGCCAGGAGAAAGAGCGUAACAAUGCUAAAAAUGCAGUCGAGGAGAAUGUCUAUUACUACAGACACAACCUGGAGGGCCCCUUUCAGACGUUUCUAAAUGCUCAAGACCAUCAGACAUUCUCUGCGCUUUUAAAUGGCACUGAGAACUGGCUCUAUGAUGAGGGAGCAGACCAAGAUAAGCAGACGUACAUUAACAAGCUGGCAGAAAUACAUAAACUGGGUUUGCCUGUGCAAAACAGAUACCAGGAGUCCAUACGGAGACCCAAAAUGUUUGAGGAGCUGUCAGCCAAAAUACAGAGUUACAUGUCUAUUGUGGAGGAGUAUAAGAAUGGAAGUGACAGUUACUGUCAUAUUGACGCCAUAGACAUGGACAAGGUCAGAGUGUGUGUUGAAGAUACUCAAGUGUGGAUGACAGUCAUUCAGGAUUCUCAGGAUAAACGCACACCUGAUCAGGAACCUGCCAUACACAGCACUCAGAUCCAGGAUAAAUUACAGGCACUCAACAACAUUUGUGAGGAGAUAGUUUCCAAACCCAAGCCCAGGGUUGACUCUCCUAUGGACGACAACAUUCAACCAGAGUGCCCACACAACAAGAAAAGCCCAGAAGAUGUGACGAUGGAAUACACAGAUUUUGUUCAAAAUGAAGCAAAAAACACCCAUGUCAAUAUUUAGCAGCUUCUUAUAUUGGAAACACAAUAUGGCUGGAUUGCAUGUAAUGUGGUUGAGGUAACAAAUGUAAAUGAAGCUUUUUUGUUUCUUAUAUUUGAUGUUAAGAGGCACAUUUGAACCUUGUUUCUUAUAUUUAAAGUGAUAUGUGAUUACUUUUAGUUAAUCUUCGUGUAGCAUCUCCAACUUGAAAUCUUUAAAGUUCUCACUGUUUCUCCACAGUUUCACUUUGGUCGCAAAGCUUUGUUAUAGUCUGACUCAGACCAUUUACUGACUAUGAACGCAGUUCCACAGACUCAAAAACAAUAAUGAAAAGAAAAAAAAAUCAUAAAUGUUUCUAUUGCUGUUUUGGAUUAAGAAAUGAAUAGAUGUAGAUGUAAUAGCAAUCAACAACAAUAUUAAGAGAACAUCAAAUGGAACUGAAGCAGUCAUUGCUUAGCAAUGACUGAAAGAAAGCUUACGCUGAAACUGUGGCUCUAAACAAAGUGAAAGCUUGCACUUUCAGAAAUGGAUGUACAAGGGCUGCUGCUAUAUGCUUGAUUGUUCGGCUUUAUUUUCCGCUGUGCAUUCAAUAGGAAAUGUCAUGUAAAUUCACAAUUUAUUUAUAGCGCAUACCUGACAGACAAUCUGUGCAGGUGGAAAUGCAGCAGAUGUCCUUACAGUGAAUUGUUGUUUGUUCCUUUGUGUUGUGCCUGAAACUUUUGCUGUAAGUUUAAAAUCGCAAUAAAAUAAACACUUCUAAAACUUUAA